AUGCCAGAUAAGAAGGCGACCUCUGGCCCAGCCAAUCUGCAAGCUGCAGAGGCCCUGACCGAAGUUCAUGACUCGCUCAAGGUGAUUCAAGAAGACUAUGACAAAUUUCGAUUUGGCUUUCCACACUCAAUCCGUACCAUGGGCGCUAUCAACGAUCGUGAACUGUCCGAAAGCAUCCGCUUGCUUACUGGAGUGGCCCUGAAAGCAUCCAACCUUCGCAAGAAGCUUGAAGCCAAUGACCCAAAGAAUGAUUUCCUGUUUGCCCGUAGUAAGCUCUGGGAUGUCGAGGGACAGUGUGGGAUCAUCGUCGAUGGCCUUCAGCAGCAGGCCAGUGCUCACCACAUGUGGCUGGAAACUAUGAGAAUCCAAACUUGGGACCAAAUCUCGGCCGUCACCAACACGCUCCAGGAUCCUUGGCUUGAACCUCUGCAGGAGCUGCAGAGAAAGAGUCUCCAUGCAGUCAAGAAACAGCACGUGAAUCCGAGACACCUCACCCUGGACUAUGCUGCACUCGCGAGGACCGUCAAACCCUCUUCCGUGUCAAGAUUCACCGAGCAUCCCAAAUCUCCCACACCUCCUUCCGCCUUCAUGGAGAACGAUUCUGACACAGAAGAUGACCCUUUUUCAGCCCAUUACCGGAAGGUGAACCGUGGCCCACCCAAAGACCUGUGA